AACAGGCGGCGGAGUAAGUGGUCAGAAACUGGCCAGGAACGUACGGGGCUGUGGAGGAAUCCCAAAACUUUUCCAACUCAGUAAAGUUCUCUUUCCUCGCUGGUUCAGCUCACUCGCGACCGGUCACUGGACGGGUUACUAACUUCCGCGCUUCCUUGUCGUAUCUGUGGACGAUAAAGCAGAUGCAAACGGCUGAGUCGAAGCGAGAGGAAAACUUCUGGAAUGAUGCCCGAGCGACUGCAUCCCUCCCUCCUCCAAAGUUCAGCUAAGGUGGCUAACGUUAGCUAGCACAGGAGCUGCUUGCUAAGCGCGAUGCGAAACUUUUGUUAUUCACCAAAACGAUUCGGUGUAAGCUCAGUGGUAGAAAAAGACGCGUGAGUAUAAAAAAAAUAGUCUAAAUGUGAAAGCUUUCAUCGUCAGUUUGCUAUGAUAGCCGGGGCCAGGGUUUAGUACCAGGCUAAUCAGCUAGCUUUUUUUUUUUUUUUUUAUCAGAACCUGGUAAAGUCGCAAAGAGGAAUAAUAACGCGACACACUUCUUGUUUAUGAGCUCCGAUCAUGAAAGAAUCGCAGCACUUUUACGUUUCAUUAAACUUAGUUUAUGCUUUGACCUAACUGAGCAGCAGCAUCUGCAAAACUUGAGAGAUGAGGGAGGAGGUGCCCACCGAGAUGACCACUUCAUGGUGAUUAAAACUCUGCAGUUAUGUGCUGACUGCUGCUUGUUAAAUCACAAUGACAUUUCACUUUGGAAACUUUUUAAAGAAGUUGCUCUGAGUUCUGUGGAUUUAUCUGUGCAGCUACACAAAAGCAGCCCAGUGCCACUCCUGUUUUUCUGCCAACUAAUUUUUAGUUUUUCUGUGCCUAAUCACAACCCUAAACCUGUCUGUGGUGCACUUUGCAAUUUGGAUCUUACCUCCUUUUCGGCUGUUACACAAUCUCGGAUAAAGCUGAGUGUUUCAGGAUGAAGGUGACAGUAACUUUUGGACAGACAGGUGUAGUCGUGCCCUGCAAGGAUGGAUGGACUGUGAGGGAUCUUAUCCAGCAAGCCACCCAGAGAUACAGGAAACUACUGGAGCAGGAGGGAGAUUUUGUCGUUCGAACCCAUCAUGUUGAGUACUGUGACGGGGGUAUACUGGACCCUGAUGACAUCCUCAGUGAUUUGGUCGAGGACAAAGACAAGCUGAUGGCGGUGUAUGAGGAGCAGGAAGCCCAGCAGAGAGGUGUGGCUGACACUAGCCUGACCCCGAGCCCUGACCUCCACCAAGCUGAACUUUCUGUUUUCCAGCCAAUCACAGGAGGAGAGAUUGAAGUCAAUUCUUCAGCCCUCAAAUCUAACACACCCUUGCUGGUGAGGAGCAGCAGUGACUCCGCCCUCAACCCCCAAACGACAGAGACUGAACCCUCCUACAAUGAAGAUAGCACUGUGAUGGCAGCCGGUGCUGAAGUGGAGGGGCCUAGAGGGAUGGAACGAGCUCCAGUCAAAAACAUCUUCAGUGGCAGUCUAACCAGAGUGGUGGAGAUCCAGGGAGAGGACAAUCCUCUGGGCAUUCAUGUUGUUCCCUACUGUUCUUCACUCAGCGGACGGUCUCUUGGUCUGUAUAUCCGUGGUGUGGAGGAAGAGAGCCGCUCAAGAAAGGAGGGUUUGUUCCAGGAGGAUGAGUGCAUUGUAAAAAUCAACAACACUGACCUAAUGGACAAGACAUUUAGCCAAUCUCAGGACAUUUUUCGUCAGGCGAUGCGGUCCCCACUUGUUCGUUUGGAAGUUUUGUCCUCGUCAAACAGAGAGCGAUAUGAGAAAAGUCUGAUCAGUCAGCUGUGUGUCAACAGUACGGCUCCGAACAGCAGCCCUCGUGUCACCAAGGCCAAAGAUCCACCGCCACCAGUCAAAGCCAAACCUGUGUUUAAACCUCCUGAGAAUUCAACUCCACGACUUGUAGAAGAAACUCCUAUUCUUGAAGCGGUUAGUAGUCCAAAGGAGAGAGGUGACAGCCCUCUCCACAGGAAAAGUCCGGCACUCUCCAGCUUGGUGUCCAAUAAAAGAGGAGGGCGAAGGCUGCGAAUCGACUUAAAGAAAGGUUCAGAAGGUCUUGGAUUUACUGUCGUAACCAGGGAUUCCUCAAUACACGGCCCGGGUCCUAUUCUAGUCAAAAACAUUCUGCCACGAGGAGCUGCUGUCAAAGAUGGACGGCUUCAGUCUGGAGACCGCAUACUGGAGGUAAACGGUGUGGAUAUCACCGGGGUGGGCCAGGAGGAGCUGGUGUGUAUGCUCCGCAGCACUCGUCAGGGAGAGACUGUGUCCCUGGUGGUUUUACGGCAGGAUGAGAUGUUCCUGCCCAGAGAAAUGAAAGACGAGUUGUCUCGUUUGCGUGGCGUGGUUUUGGAGAACGGGAAGGAGCAGCUGAUGUUUGAGGUUCCCCUCAAUGACACUGGCUCGGCGGGACUUGGGGUCAGCCUGAAGGGAAACAAGUCCAGGGAGACUGGAGAGGAUCUGGGAAUUUUCAUCAAAUCCAUCAUUCAUGGAGGAGCUGCAUACAAGGAUGGGCGGCUGCAUAUCAAUGACCAGCUCAUCGCCGUAAAUGGAGAGUCACUGCUGGGACGCUCCAACCAUGCAGCCAUGGAGACACUCCGACGAUCGAUGUCGCAGGAAGGAAACGUUAGAGGGAUGAUUCAGUUGGUGGUGCUGAGGAAUUUAAAGGAUCAAUAUGAGGUGUCACCCAAUCGCUCCUUUGACAGUUCGUCUGGCGUACCAGGACUUAUCAGCCCAUUCAAAGGUCAGACAGGCUUCGUCAGUCAAGCCCCAGACUCUGUCCACCCCACACAGAUGUCCAACCCCAUCUAUUCCUCCAGUGUGACCAAUGGGAGUUAUUUUCACAUGGACGAGGAGGAAGAUGAGGGAGUGCUGUAUGGGCAAGAUGUGGAGAUCAGCAGCUCUAAUCAGCCCUCCUUCUUACAGGAAAGUGAAAGCUCUAAGAUAUCCCCGAUUGCCCAGCCUCAGUCUCCCACCCAGAACCAGUUCCAGCACAUCAAAGCCUCUAAAAGCAUGGACCUGGGUACGACUCAAAACCAGCAUCACACUGUGGCAGAUGAGAGCAACAUUGGAUCCCUGGAUGGAAGCACUUCUGCUCCAUGUACGCCUGUCGAACUCGGACCAACUCUUGGUUUGAAGAAGUCCAGUUCGUUGGAGAGCCUCCAGACGGCCAUGUCAGAGGUCAACAAGAAAAACGAAAUGCUCCCUUUCCACCGCCCUCGCCCAAAUAUGGUCAGGGGAAGAGGAUGCAAUGAGAGCUUCAGGGCAGCUAUCGAUAAAUCCUAUGAUGGCCCAGCUGAAGACGAUGAUGAAGGUUCAGAGUUGAGUUCAGGCCGUGACACUCCUGCUAGUAGUUCGUCCCGCCAGGGACUUGCUGAUCAAACAGAAGAGAAAACCAAAAAAGAGAAGAAAAAGAAAGAGAAAACCAAGAAGAAGGAAAAGAAUAAAGGGAAAGGAAAAGAAAAGGAGAAGAAGAAAGCAGAAGAGACAGAGGAAACAGAAAAGAAGGGCAAGAAAAUAGGCUUCGGUCUUCUGAGGUUUGGAAAGAAAAAAGAGGAGAAGAAGGAGGCAAAGGCCGCUGUGCAACGACAAAAAUCAGACGUACUGAGUGACCUGGAGCUUGAAAGGAUGAGAGAAGAAAGAGAAAGGAUUGAAGCUGUGCAUCCUGAGCUGCAGGAAAAACUGCCCAGAGACCAGCAGGGUGGAGGUGGUGGGGCAGCAUAUCCACACUUUGAGGAUGACGAUGCCGACCCAAACUAUGCCAGGAUACAGUCCUUCAGGGACCGAGAGAUGGGUUCAGGGCCACCGCCGCUGCCGCAGUCACCUCUCUACAGUUCAGUUCAGCACGCUCAUGCCCGCUCGCCUUCGCCACAGGGGCCUCCCAGCUUCCCAGGACAUGGGAAGCAUGUUAACGAUGCUGGAGUUCUCCCCGAUGAUGACCCCAUUGAUAGACUGUAUGCCAAAGUUAACAAGCCUAGAGGUUCUGGAGCUACGUCACCGCUCACUCCUUCCCCAGCGCCUCCAAGUGACAGCAAUAUGGACCGCAUCCAGCUGCUAAGAAGAGAGUAUCAGCAAGCAAGACGAGAAGGAAUGGUGCCGCCGUAUGAAGAACUGGACCUACGACGCAGAGGUCACGACAGCGACCCACACAGGGUACCAGGCAGAGGCGCUGAUCCCCGUCUGACUCCACGAUACGAAGAGGUGGAACGCCAGUAUGCCUCCUUACCAAGACGAGGGCCGAUGGAUCCUGCUGACUACCCAAUGCAGUCGUGGUCGGGUCAUUACCCCGGACCUCCACAAGCCCAGUCGGGGUACCCCCAGUCACCAACUUACUCUAACAUCAACUCCCAGUCUGCUCCAUCAUUCUCCAACUUCCUGCCUGGCCAGCCUUAUCAACAGCCAAGAGACCCUCGAGGGAUUGAACCUGGUUACUACCCUCACCCCAGUUCCCAGCAGAGAGGACCUUUGCGGCAGGACGUGCCGCCAUCUCCCACUCCUCCACUGCGGGCACCACGGUACGACACCAUGGCACGUGGAACUGUGGGUGGGGGGUACAGGUAGGAGAUCAUACAUGGACGAUGACAAGUCCAGGCACCAAAUGGAACCUAGCACUGACCAGUAUGGUUAUACUGGGGAUGUAGAAGGAGCGCAAUGCCAAACCAACUCCAAACAGAGGAUUGCUUUCACCACGAGGUCCACAGACUGAAACGUGCAAAAUCUACCAAACAUUUUGCACCUUUUUCUACUAUUAAUACCUUGAUGGAAACCAGCAAAUGUCUGUGGUGUGGCUGCUUGGUAUUUUAAAUUGCUUCAAAAAGAUUGCAUGUUAAAUGAUUACUUUAUACUUCGCACAUAUUAAAAUGUAAAGGUCUAAGUCAAUCAAAGAUAUAAAAGUAACAAGAUCAGUUUAAAUCUGGCAUCUGAAGUCUCUACUGGUCCUGAUGGUUCCUGUGCUUCUCCAAAGUAACUCAAAUGACAGAUUAGUGAAAACAAAAACAGUACAAUGAAUCUUGUAUACGAAGAUUAACACAGAAUAGACUCUUCAGUGUUAUUAGAUCUGUGCAUAAAACCACUUCUGUUCUUUUGAAUGUGACUGGAAAUAUUUGAUUCACUGUGAUGAGGAUAUACAUUAUGGAAAAUGGAAGAAAAUGGUUCAAAAAAUUGUUGAUACGACAAUGAAAAUCACUUUAAAGCUUUAUUCCAUUAAUAAUUGCUAUUAAUUUUGAAAAUCUAAAUAAAUUCGCGCAUUACAUACAGCCAUGGCAAAAACUAAGUGCAUCCCUCCAUACAAUUAUUUAUAGGAACACCUCAGUAGUUAUUUUCUGUGUGACCACUUCAGUCUCUUUUCUUGUGGAGGAGACGUCUUGUCUUCUGUGCAAGAUUAUUUUUAAUACAUGUAUUAAUGUCCCAUCCAUCUAUUAUCCAAUAUGCUUAUGCCUAGUGGGGUCACCUAUCGCCAGCAAUCAACAGGCGAGAGGUAGGGUACACCCUGGACAGGUCACAGUCCGUCGCAGCGCUCUUUAAGGGUCCCUUCACAGCAUUUAGAUUAGAUUGAGGUCUGGACUUUGACUGGGCCAUAAUGGCAUUUUGAAUUCCUUACUUUUUGAGCCAUUCUCUUGUAGUUAUACUCCAGUGGUUGGGACCUAAUUGUGCAAUGUGACACAUUAAUAUUGCCAAUUUGUACUCGCAUUUUACUGUAUGCAAAGACCAAUAUUCGAGAAGCUGUGUUGUCCAACCAUAUGCAACUUUGCAAACCUAAGUCAAGCUGCCAUUUACUUUUAUGAAACAGAAACGGUGCCUUUGGAAACCAUUACAGACAUCCAUACUUUUUCAAUCUUUUGUAAUAUUACAUUAAAUAUGCCAAUCUGUGGAUUUUUGCAAUUCUUUUGCAGCAUUGUAGGGCCUUACAUGAGUUUAAUUUGUUGGAAUGUCCACUACGGGGAAGACUGGCAGCUGCCUUAAAUAUUUUUACACUUGUAAAUAACCUUUCUAAGUGUAGAAUGAUGAACUUUUUUAAAUUUUGCCUUGGAGCCCUUUCCAGAUUGAUUCAGUUGCUUCAAUAAAUGUCUUUUCACCUUGGCAUUGCCUAACUGUCAAAGCAUUAAUUUUUCUGAUGAUCAAGUAAUCAAGUGUAUUUGAUCAUUAGUGAUAAUUUCUACUAAAUCCUCUUAAAGUGUACUUAGUUUUUCACAUGGCUAUAUUGACAGUCAAGGAAAGCCGAAAGUAUCUUCAAAAAAAUUGUUUUUGUGUGUGGGCGCUGCCAGAGUGUUAAAUGUUUUUUUUUUUGUUUUUUUGCCAGUGAGCCAUUUCCUUAACUCGACGUUCAAUUUUUUAAUUCCUUUUGAUUUUCUUUAUGACUCCUAAAGUUACAUCACAGUAAAGAGCUGUAUGAAAUCUGUCCCUGUGUGAUGAUAUGCUUUUAAUAACAUUGCACUUUUUCAUUUUUAAUAAUGAUAUUUCUGUCAGUCAACUUGAGUUUAAUUACUUUUCUAGCACAGAUUUAGAUAAGAUCCAACUUUAUGACUCCAGCUCAGUGGUAAACUUAGUAAUAUUUCACAUCAGAUAAAAAUAUUAAUAAUCAGCUAAAUCUCAAAUUUGACAUUUGCAUCAACCUCUGAUGAUAUUAGCUGAUCUGGACCUUCACUAAGUUUAUUUAAACCAACUCUUACUUGAAUGUAUGAUGAACUCUGAUGUUUUUACUGUCAGUAUCUCUUGUCUUGCAUGUCCAGUCUGGUGGUAAAACUGCAGGACAAACUGCUUUAGUUUCAUUUCACACCUGCUUCCAAAUAUCUGCGUUCAGCAACUGCAUUAAGAUCAAGCCAACCCUGUUUGUAGGGUGUUUUUACGGAGCUGAUGCAGAGCUAUUACCUCUCUUAGUUACACUGACCUGUUGAUUUACUGAGAGUUAGUCAAGAGAAACAUUUUUGUUUCACACUACUCGACUCAGCAGUAUUAACUGCAAUUGAUACUAAAUGUUUUUAUAUAUGUUGGAUUAUGUUUUAGACUGAGGAUUAAAUCUCAAUACAGUGAAUGUUCAGAGAAGGUUACUAUAAAUCUUGAAAAAUAAUGAAUUUUUUCAUCCAAAUAUAGAUUUAAUUAAAUUUUUUGGAUACAUGUUUGUCAGACGUAUAAGGUUUAGAAUAAGAAAGAAAGAUAGAAAGAAAGUGUGAAAGAAGGAAAGGAAGAGGUAAAGAGAUUUUUGGAAACUAAUGAGUAAAAACUGAAAAGUGAGAAAUAGAAGUGAUGUUAGAAACACAGAAUUAAGUCAAAGGUCAUCUCACACACUCGUCAUUUUGUACUUUUGCUGGGGGGGGUUUUCUCCCCGUUUUUGUUCCCAAAUAAGGCCCUCCGUGUUAUUGUGACUUAGUAAGCUCUAUUUCAUUGGAGUUCACAGAAACCACAAUCAAUAAACGUAGAGUGUGAUCAAAAAAUAUAAAGUAAACAAUAUUCAGUUAAAUCAUAUGUGCGACUUGAUUAUUUUUAUGGUUAUUUAUCCUCAUGAUUCAUCAAAAUACUUAACUAGUACCUUGACUAAACAAACUGACAUGCUGUGGUAAAAUGCACGACUACAAAAUGUUUUGUUUACUGGUUAAGAAUACAACAUGUUGGUACGAAAUGGGUUUGUGAGUUGUUGAAGAGGCGUUUUGACCCAGAGUCUCUACAAAGAAAGGAAGUUGUGGGAUAAUGAAUGAAAACAAACAUUUUUCUGAAGAAGAUGUGUUGCAGAAGUGAGGUUCUGCAGUUCGAAGGUAGAAAUUUUGUGUAAAGAAAUCGCUUGGGGUUUUUUUUUCUUUCAACUUUGACAAAAGUAAAAAAAAAAACAUCCUAAAAGUAAAAUUGUUAGUAUUUUGUUGAAAGAACAGCAGUGAAAUUUUUGUUUUAGCUUUUAGGGUAAAGUUACAGGUUUUUUCUGAGGAAGACAACAAAAUACUGAAAUAUUUUUGUGAGACUAUUGUUUUUUUCUUUCAGUUUUAACAUUUAAGCAGCACCUACUGUUACUUCAAACUUAAAAUAAUACUCCUUCUGUAGAUUAAACUGUUAUUGUCUAACCUGAUAGGCCGUCGAAGCCAGCAUGUUCAUAAUGUAGUUUUGGAAAAUUUGGGAAUUAUUUUCCACACCAGGAUAAAAUUGGACAUAAAGUCAACUAAUAAUGGAAAAAUGUUUCCUAUCCUUGACUUUGUUGCUCAGUACAUUGUCUGCAAGAAGUUAAAAAAGUAACUUUAUGUUGUUUUUCAUUGAUUUAUAUUUAACUCUAUUAAUUUCUAACUUGCCACAUCACAACUUCAGUUUAAAUUUCUUUGCCAUAUUGUAGUUUUAGGGUUCCACUUUAUGGCUGGGAUCCCAUAAAUAAAUGCAUUCUCAGGAAGCCAUCUAGAUUUAUAAAGUGUAGUCAUUAAAGAUUUUGAAGUGGAUCUGAUCUAAGUAAGUUCAGAUGAGAAAAUCAUUAUAAAACAGCCUGUUACAAACACAAUCAACGCAGAAAUCAACUUCAGCCUAAUGUUACUUCAUUAUUUCUGGAAUAUACUUAUGAUAAAACCUCUAAAUGUACUCUAAGGUGAAUCUGUUGUUUUAAAAUGUACAAUGUACAAAAACUGUCCAAUAGAUUGAGCAUAAGACAGAAAAAAUAAAGGUUUCCUCAGCUCUAACUGCCUAAUUAACUUUGUGGACUUUAGUGAAUCCAGAUGUGAUAUUAAAGUGUAUUUCUGUUCAUUUUAUACUAGCACACACUUCACAUAUAUGUAACUCUUCACAAGCAUUUUAUUUCUAUUAUUUCUAUGUCAUGAUAUUGAAUGUUCAUGGAUUUAAGCAGAGCCACAGGCUGUUUGGGUAAUGCUGUUAAAUCAAGAUGUGCUGCAAACUCAGUUCAUGCUGUGUUGAGUUUAACACCAAAAGUCAAAAGUUCAAUUAUUGCAUCGAGUAAUGCACAAAACCAAACAAGGAGUUUGGAAGAACAGAUCAAGCAUCCUGUCUGGCUCUUGAAAACAUGAGUUGCACAAGUUGAAGGUACUAGCUUCAGUUUUUUAUUGUGAAGGGUUCUGGUACUGCUGGUUUUGCCUUUACAGGGACUGGUGCAUGAAGGAACUGUUUUAAUAACCUCUUUGUCUUAGAAGUAUAACAAUUUUUAUUACACUGCUUUGUAUCUAAAAAUCUCAAAUCUCAUUUUAUAAUGUUGUAACAACUUAAUUUCUGUUUUAUCAGCAUUUUUAUAUUUAUGUGCAUAUCAUCUUUUUGCAAUAAAAUAUGCUUUAUUAAA